UGGCCGCGACUGUUCCUACUGCCAGACCAAGUUCUGCGCCCGCUGUGGGGGCCGAGUGUCCCUACGCUCCAACAAGGUUAUGUGGGUAUGUAAUUUGUGCCGAAAACAACAAGAAAUCCUCACUAAAUCUGGAGCAUGGUUCUACAAUAGUGGACCUAAUGUACCGCAGCAACCUGAUCAAAAGGUUCCCAGAGGAGUGAGAAAUGAGGAAGCGCCUCAGGAAAAGAAAGCAAAGCUCCAUGAGCAGGCGCACUUCCCAGGACCCCCAGGUGACUCUGUACCUGCAGUGGAGAGGAGUCGGUCUCACGGGCUCACAAGACAGGAGUCUAUUAAAAACGGGUCAGGGGUGAGGCACCAAGCUGCCAGUGACACCGCUUCUGACAGGAAAAGGAGUCCGUCAGUGUCCAGAGAUCAGAACAGAAGAUACGACCAAAGGGAAGAAAGCGAGGAGUAUUCACAGUAUGCCCCUUCUGAUAGCGCAAUGCCUAGAUCGCCGUCAGAUUAUGCUGAUAGACGAUCUCAACACGAACCUCAGUUUUAUGAAGAACCUGACCAUUUAAAUUACAGGGACUCCAACAGGAGAAGUCACAGGCAUUCCAAAGAAUACACUGUAGAUGAUGAAGAUGUGGAGAGCAGAGACGAAUAUGACAGGCAAAGGAGAGAGGAGGAGUACCAGGCCCGCUACCGCAGCGAUCCAAAUCUGGCUCGUUACCCCGUGAAGCCUCAGCCCUAUGAGGAACAGAUGCGCAUCCACGCCGAGGUGUCCCGUGCGAGGCACGAAAGAAGGCAUAGUGAUGUCUCCUUGGCAAAUGCUGAGCUGGAAGAGUCCAGGGUUUCUCUGCUAAGAAUGGACCGACCAUCAAGGCAGAGGUCUACAUCUGAACGGAGAGCUGCGAUGGAAAAUCAGAGAUCGUAUUCAAUGGAAAGAACUCGAGAGGCUCAGGGACAAAGUUCUUAUCCACAAAGGACCACAAACCAUAGUCCUCCUACCCCUCGCAGGAGUCCAAUACCCCUUGAUAGACCAGACCUGAGGCGCACUGACUCACUAAGGAAGCAGCACCACCUAGACCCCGGCUCUGCUGUACGGAAAACGAAAAGGGAAAAAAUGGAAACAAUGUUGAGGAAUGAUUCCCUCAGUUCGGACCAGUCAGAGUCAGUGAGACCACCCCCACCAAAGCCUCAUAAAUCAAAGAAGGGAGGUAAAAUGCGGCAGGUGUCACUGAGCAGUUCAGAGGAGGAGCUGGCUUCCACACCCGAGUACACAAGCUGUGAUGAUGUUGAGAUUGAAAGUGAGAGUGUAAGUGAGAAAGGGGACAGUCAAAAGGGAAAAAGAAAAACUAGUGAGCAGGCAGUUUUGUCGGACUCUAACACCAGGUCUGAGAGACAAAAGAAAAUGAUGUGCUCUGGUGGCCACUCUUUGGAAGAGGAUUUGGAAUGGUCUGAGCCUCAGAUUAAGGAUUCUGGGGUAGAUACCUGUAGUAGCACAACCCUUAACGAGGAGCAUAGCCAUAGUGAUAAGCACCCCGUGACCUGGCAGCCAUCGAAAGAUGGAGAUCGCUUAAUUGGUCGUAUUUUAUUAAAUAAGCGUCUGAAAGAUGGAAGUGUGCCUCGAGAUUCUGGAGCAAUGCUUGGCUUAAAGGUUGUGGGAGGAAAGAUGACUGAAUCAGGUCGGCUUUGUGCAUUCAUUACCAAAGUAAAAAAGGGAAGUUUAGCUGAUACUGUAGGACAUCUUAGACCAGGUGAUGAGGUGCUGGAAUGGAGUGGGAGGCUGUUGCAAGGAGCCACCUUUGAGGAAGUGUACAACAUCAUUCUUGAAUCCAAACCUGACCCACAAGUGGAGCUUGUGGUUUCAAGACCUAUUGGAGACAUACCUAGAAUACCUGAUAGCACACAUGCACAACUGGAGUCCAGUUCUAGCUCAUUUGAAUCUCAGAAAAUGGAUCGUCCAUCUAUUUCCGUUACCUCUCCCAUGAGUCCCGGCAUGCUGAGGGAUGUUCCACAGUUCCUAUCUGGACAAGUUUCAAGCCAAAGCCUUAGUAGAAGAACACCGCCUUUUGUUCCUAGGGUGCAGAUAAAACUAUGGUUUGACAAGGUUGGUCACCAAUUAAUAGUUACAAUUUUGGGAGCAAAGGACCUUCCUUCCAGGGAAGAUGGGAGGCCAAGGAAUCCUUAUGUUAAAAUUUACUUUCUUCCAGAUAGAAGCGAUAAAAACAAGAGGAGGACAAAAACAGUAAAGAAAACAUCAGAACCUAAAUGGAACCAAACAUUCAUUUAUUCUCCGGUCCAUCGAAGAGAAUUUCGUGAACGAAUGCUGGAAAUUACUCUUUGGGAUCAAGCUAGAGUUCGAGAGGAAGAAAGUGAAUUUUUAGGAGAGAUUUUAAUUGAACUGGAAACAGCAUUGCUGGACGAUGAGCCGCACUGGUACAAACUCCAGACCCAUGACUCCUCUUCCUUGCCCCUCCCCCACCCGUCUCCGUACAUGCCACGAAGACAGCUCCACGGAGAGAGCCCGACGCGGAGACUGCAAAGGUCCAAAAGAAUAAGUGAUAGUGAAAUCUCAGACUAUGACUGUGAUGAUGGAAUUGGUGUAGUAUCGGAUUAUCGACACAAUGGUCGAGAUCUGCAGAGCUCAACAUUAUCAGUGCCAGAACAAGUAAUGUCAUCCAACCAUUGCUCACCAUCAGGGUCUCCUCAUCGAGUAGAUGUUAUAGGAAGGACAAGAUCAUGGUCACCCAGCGUGCCCCCUCCACAGAGUCGGAAUGUGGAACAGGGGCUGCGAGGGACACGCACGACUCCUGGACAUUACAACACGAUUAGCCGAAUGGACAGACAUCGGGUCGUGGAUGAUCAUUACUCUCCAGAGAGAGACAGUCAUUUUCCUACUCUACCUCGCUCCAGAUACAGUCAGAGCAGUGAGCACCACCGCAGGGACUGUGAAGCAGCAGAUAGACAGCCAUAUCACAGAUCCAGAUCAACAGAACAGCGGCCUCUCCCUGAGCGGACCACCGCCCGCUCCAGAUCCACUGAGCGUCCCGACUCAAACCUCAUGAGGUCGAUGCCUUCAUUAAUGACGGGAAGAUCGGCCCCUCCCUCACCUGCCUUAUCGAGAUCACAUCCCCGCACCGGGUCUGUCCAGACAAGCCCGUCAAGUACUCCCUCGGCAGGACGGAGAGGCCGACAGCUUCCACAGCUCCCAGCAAAAGGGACGCUGGAGAGAAAAAAUGGAGUCAAGGAGAUAGAACCUUAUGAAGAAGGAGGAGGUAAAAAGCUGCGGAGCACUGUCCAGAGGAGCACGGAGACCGGGCUGGCUGUGGAGAUGAGGAACUGGAUGACCCGGCAGGCCAGCCGUGAGUCCACCGACGGCAGCAUGAACAGCUACAGUUCGGAAGGAAACCUCAUCUUCCCCGGCGUCCGCCUGGCCUCCGACAGCCAAUUCAGCGACUUCCUGGAUGGCCUCGGCCCUGCCCAGCUGGUGGGCCGCCAGACGCUGGCCACCCCUGCGAUGGGCGACAUCCAGGUGGGAAUGCUGGACAAGAAGGGACAGUUGGAGGUGGAGAUCAUCCGAGCCCGUGGCCUUGUUGUAAAACCAGGUUCCAAGACACUGCCAGCACCCUACGUAAAAGUGUACCUGUUAGAUAACGGAGUCUGCAUAGCCAAAAAGAAAACCAAAGUGGCAAGGAAAACGCUGGAGCCCCUGUACCAGCAGCUGCUGUCCUUCGAGGAGAGCCCACAGGGAAAGGUGUUACAGAUCAUUGUCUGGGGUGAUUACGGCCGAAUGGAUCACAAAUCCUUCAUGGGAGUGGCCCAGAUCCUUCUGGACGAGCUGGAGCUGUCCAACAUGGUGAUCGGGUGGUUCAGACUGUUCCCCCCGUCCUCCCUGGUAGACCCGACUCUGGCCCCUCUGACCAGAAGAGCUUCCCAGUCCUCCCUGGAGAGUUCAGCAGGACCUUCCUACUCUCGUUCAUAGCAGCUGUAAAACUGUUGUCACAGCAACCAGCGUUACAAAAAAAUCCACAGGUCGCAGACCCUGGUAACACUGCAUGCUUACUGUCGUGUCUUCUGAGCCCCUUUCUAGGGAUGCGAAGCGACCCUGUGUUCUCAGAGGAAGUCGCACACAUUGUGCCCUAGCGAAGGUCCUCAGGUGACGAGCAGAGCAGGAAGAGCUAUCAGGUGUGGCAUUCGGUGACACUCGAGCUCUGGUCCAAUCUGAAGCCAUGGAUUAAUCUCAAAGAAUCAGUCAGUUUCAUGCAACAAAAGCCCUUUUCAAUGGCACCUUUCUAUUUUUAUCGUUCCGUUUUCUUCAUUUAUCGGACCCAAAGCCCUGGUAUGCCACAGAAACGGGGCUUCCCAGCCGUGAAGCCAUGUCACAGGCCCAGGAGUGGGGUCCUGGGACGCACCAGGUGAAAAGCAAGAGACCAAAGAAGUGGUUGGGAGCCAGCCGCCCGGGCUCGGCCGGGGCCCGUGGGCAGAGUGGCCCGUCGUGCACCAAUGCCAAGAUGUGUUGGACUCUGAAAACCAAAUUCUGUGGCUACCCUGUACUGAAUGAAAUUAAAGACACUUUUUUGCAUGGACACAGCUGAAUACUUAUUUUCUUGGGGCUGCAACUUGCAAAAAAAAAGAAUAAAAAUCAGCCAUUUUCAACAAUUUAUAUUAUUUUUAAAGAUAAAUUUCACUAGUGCAUGGUUUUAAAACUGGGAGAGAAUGCGGCAGGGUGAUACACAGACACCGUGUUUACUCUUUACCAGAGUCUGUAUUUUGGCAGACAUUACAAAUGGAAAUACUUUCUAGAAGAUACUUAAAAUUCUCUUUAUGUGACAGAUAAAUAUAACAUAUUCACUUUAUUUCCAUGUUCAAUACACAAAUCCUAUGAAGUUCAGUGUGCACACAUUUUUCACAUCUUCCUUCUUUUCCUGUCUCUCUUUUCUUCUUUCUCUUUUGGUCUUUUAUUUUCUUUUUCCCUACCAGAGUGAACCUAAUACUAAAAAUGACAAGUUUUUAAUCUGACUCUUCCGUCCCAUGUUUAAUUCAGAGCUGUGGAUACCUCUAAAUUUGUGAAUUUCCCAAGGGACAGAAGUCAUGUAAGAGCUCUCUUUAUUUCAAGCGUGUUGGAAAGGGCUUUGCAACAUGGCUCAGGAGCACAGAAAAGUUGUCAGCAUGGACUUAACAAAGGAGAUAUUGAACUCUUGCAGUUCAUUGUACAGUGCAUGGUCAUCUUUUUUCAUCUUCAAAAUUCAGUUUACAGGAAAAUCCUAAAGUCAUGUGGCCAUCAUAACUUCUAAUAGAUUUGCUUUAGCACCCGCAUUAUUCAUAUAGGGGUUAAAAUACUGUGUGUUGGAGGUCAUAGGUUUUAUUUGUUUUUUAAUUUGUUGAGGCGGUUUCUUCAGCCGGUUUCCGUUUACUGUGUGAAUACACUGCUAAAACUUGGAGCCCUAAGACACAGGGCAGUUUAUUAAUUCAUAUUUCUGUAGUAAAAUUCAAUUUUUCACAAAUUAUAUUUCUAAAGUAAGAUAGUAGACAUAAAUUUGCAGCAAUUUUAAAGCUCCAAUUUUUAGGUGACUCAGAGAAAGUCACUGUGUCUAUGAAUAGUCCUUUGACGCCAUCACCAAAAGUUUCCAGGCGAAUCCGGAAGUCCGAACCCCUGCCUUUGGUUUCCCAACAGCUCUUGCCGCGGGCGGAGCUGAGAGCCCGGACUUGUCCUCAGUCUCUCUGAGAGGAAGUCACGGGGUAACGUCAUCAACCGCCUGUACUUCCUGGGUUUUAUGUGUGCUUGACAACAUAUUCUUAUGGACUAGUUUCAGUUUCUUGCAAUAAUUGUUGAAAUCCACAGACAUCCCAUUUGUUUAAAUGAAAGCCAUGCACAAAAAUUACUGUUUGUUUGUUUUUUUUUAAUUCAGUGCUGACCAUUGAAAACCAUCAUGCUUGAUAUGGUGCAGAAGAUAAAACGAGUAUCACUAAAAAUGCCUUCUCUUUACGUGGUGCAAUAUGAACUCCACCGAGACCGUGUCUCGACAUUCUAGGUGUGUGAUGGCCCAGGCAAGGUUGGUCAAAGAAAGAAUAAAACUUUAUUGAAACCGUUUCGCCUCCUGUGUACCAGCAACAGUUGAUUUCAUAGACCUAGAGUGUCUAUGCCGCCCCUUAGAAUAAACAUUUACCAUUUUCCUCAUCCCAAGAGGCAGUCACGUGAUCUUUUGUGCGUAUUCCUAUACAAAUUAUUUCUAAUUUUAAUAAGAAGGACAUGACUGUAUGGGAUAUUUGUACAUACUUGUCAUUAUGCAGUAUUUAUUUAAAAGUCGAUGUGUUCUUUUUAAUUUUCACAUGUCUGCACCUCGACUUACGGUUUAGUUGUGUAAAUAGCACUAAGCCAGUGACCACUGCUGCCCUGUACAUAGUCUGUUUUAAUGCAAAGGGAAUUCCAGUUGGAGAUAAAAGGGCAGAUGAGUCCUGUAACAAACACCAACUAAUGUAAAUCAAAUUCAUUCUGGUGAUGGUAUUUAACACUUUAAAUAAAUCAUUUUCUUUAA